CACCAAACCAAGAAGCUGCGAAGAGUUCUUCAGUUCCUUUCCUGGAAAAUUGCAGCCCCCACCAACAGAGGAGUUCUUCGGCCAGCGUUGAGUCCGCGUAAAGCCAGCAUCAACCUCCGACGCCGAACCCGAAACCCAGCUGCUCGUGCCAUGGAGUAUAUUUUAUGAGAAGGCUUUUGUAGCUGCUAAACAAGGAAAGAAGGGGGAAAAACAACGGCAAUCUCUUCCUUUUAAUGGUUAAAAAAAGGGCAAUAAGGUAAAU